GGAUCCUGGGGAGGGAUGUAGUGAGAAGCAACAACAAGAGGAGGUUGGUGGGUGCCUGGGAGGGAGGACAGCAGUGGUUGUAGGUGAGCAGCUGAACACACAUACAUUCACACUCCCAGCAUCAUGGCGGAAGCUAACAGCACACAGGAGGAAGGUGAGGAGGCAGGGAUCUCCAUGGUGGAGGUGCUGAAGGAGGAACAGGAGAGGGAGAUGGACGCCGCUGCUGUGCUGGGUGCUGGUGAUGACACCACCUGCACAUAUGACCAGGGAUAUGUCAAACGACAAGCAUUGUAUGCCUGCAUGACUUGCUGUCCUGCAGAUAAUGGCAGGUUAGCUGCUGUGUGCUUAGCUUGCAGCUAUCACUGUCAUGAAGACCAUGACCUUAUUGAGCUUUACACUAAAAGGAAUUUUCGCUGUGAUUGUGGCAACUCCAAGUUUCCUCAGAAUGCCUGCAAACUUUUGAAGGAUAAGCUACCUGAGAACCCUGAAAAUGAGUACAACCACAACUUUCGUGGAGCUUACUGCACGUGUCAGCGACCUUACCCAGACCCUGAAGACCCCACAGAUGAUGAGAUGAUCCAGUGUUGCUUCUGUGAAGACUGGUACCAUGGCAGGCAUCAGGGUGGUAAUGUUCCUCCUGGGGAUGAAUAUGCAGAGAUGAUUUGUGGAGAAUGCCUUCCCAAACACAAGUUUCUUUCUUAUUACAUGAGUCUUGCUGUUACCACGGUUAAAAGUGAAGCCAGUAAAGACCUGGUUGAGGUUGAAAAGUCUCCUAAUAAAAAUACCCAAAAUAAAGUACCAACUUCUCCAAAAGGAGAGAAACAAACAAUUGGGAAGAGUGCUGAAGACUGUAAAACAAUUACUCUCCUACAAGAAGAUAAAGAAAAGACGGAAAGUAAAUUUGCUGAGGAACCCACGAAAAAAAAUGAAAAAGCUGAAGUUAAUGGUUCUAAAGAAAACAAAAUAUCAAGAUGUAAACUGGAUGUCCUAACAAAACAAGAAUUACCCAGUGGUGCUGUAUUUUUACCAGAUCAGUGGAGAAAGCAACUCUGUACCUGUGAUGUUUGCAAGGCCAAGUACAGUGAUGAAGGUGUUCUCUUCCUGCUUGAUGAUGAGGACACUGUAGCAUUUUAUGAGGAGAGUGGCAAGUCUUGUAAUCAGAAUUACAGUGCUCCAGUGCAGAGAGAACUGGAAGCUCUAUCCUCUCUAGACCGUGUUACUCGCACAGAGAUGGUUCAUGAGUACAACACACUGAGUUUGUCACUACGAGAGUACCUUCGCAAGUUUGCAGAGAACAAGAAAGUAGUGCGUGAUCAAGAUAUUCAUGAAUUCUUCUCUCAGUUAGAAGCUAACAAGAAGCAACGUCCAGGCUCAAGUAUCCAGCUAUUUUGCAAGUGAAAUGCUGUGCACAAGGCACCUUUGUUGUAGUGGAUUUCAGAACAGUUGUAGUUUCUCCAUUAGUUUUGAAAUAGUUGCAUUUCAGUAUUUUCAUUUAGUUUCAGAGGUUUAAGGACAGUUUAAUGGGUAAGCUGCACUAUUAAAGGUUGCUCGAAUAUGGAUAAUUUUUAUGUCGAUUGAUUUUAACUUUUUCUUUACAAUACAAAGCCAAGAGAAAUUAUUGUAUGGUUAAGAGUACAUUGUACAUUUAGGAAAAUAAGUAUGUAAAGCUCAUCAAUAUAAUUAAUUAUUGUUUCACUGGAUUAGAUAAGUAUUUAAUAAUUCUUGGUUUACUGCAAGAGUAAGCUACAAACAGCAUAAGAAUUUAAAAAAAAUAAAACAGCUGUACAAAUUGCUUUUGAUAAUUACAUUUUUAAUAAAAAUUUAAUUGAAAAUUGACUUGCAAGUAAUGUUUGUACGAGUCUUUUUAACCAUUUUCACGACCCGUUGUAAUCCAACCAAAUAAUUUAAUGCUAUAGCAUUUUAUUUCAUAGGAAAUCAUUUACUUGGUGAGAUAAUGUAUUCCAGUGUGGCUUAUACAGGAUGAAUGUAUUCAUAUUGACAAUUUUUUGUACUGUGGAUACUUGGAGGAGUGUUAUGAAGGCAGGUUAACCCUGUUUAAAAUUUACUUUAGGUGUUCAAAUGGGAUCAUGAAAGGAGGGAACUCUCAGAAUAUAGGUAAAGUUACCAUUUUCUCACUGACAAAUGGUGCAGUGUGUAUUUAAAUACUAUAUAUUUUUUGUUUAUUAACUAUUUUUUUACUAUGAUUUCCUUCAUGUUAAAUGGGACUUAGCAUAAACGAUCAAGUAUUUAUUUCUGAAUAUAUAAUUUACACGAAAGUUUGAUUAUCUAAGAUAAUUGAUUGCAGAGAGAUUUCUGAAAAUCUGCCUUUCACAUAGUACAUGUAUUGAAACUUGAAUAUUAACCUUAUGCACAUAAAAUGUGUUCAUAUGAUUGAGUUAGUGUAUGUUUAAUAUGUAUGUGAAGUUUCACGUGUACAACAGAAGUAUGUACCGUAAGUAUUUUCUUUGAUAUCCACACACACUUUAAUUACUCUGUUGUCUUUGAUAAUCAAGACUAGACUGUUCUAUUUUUAUUGUCUCCAUGAUGUGUAACUUCGUGCAACUCCUCAGUACAUCAUAGGAUCUUCAUCUCACUUGGAGUAAAUAACAAACGAGUACAUUUUGCAUGCUUAUUAUAUGCCAAAAACAAGGCUUAAAUUGAAUUAUUAUUGUUAUUGAAAUCAUUAUAGAACUCUCAAUAAAGAAUUAAUAAAAUUUAAUUAAUUAAAUUUGUUUAGUUUUUACAAAUAUUUUUUUUUAAUUUUCAUGCCCAGUUUUGUUCUGGUGAAUAUUGAGAACAAGUAGCCCAGCUAGGUGAAAUGUCUUGUGUUUACACAUUUCUCCUUUUUGUUCUUUUAAUCAUUACAUAGUAAUUCAGUCAGCUGACCAUUUGUCACCUGCUGUUUCUCAUUGAGUAGUAUUUUAAAACUAGCUUAAUCUUUUUAAAAUAGAUUUUCAGCAAGUACAAAGUUCACUGGCUUUCAGAAAGCUGUCAGUGAUACUGUUCAACUGGGAUAUUUUAAGUAGUGCAUACUGCUGUGGUAAGGAUCACAUUAGUAUAUUGUACAAUUUCAUGAAAACAGAGUUUAAAAGUUUGUAAAAUAUAAACAGAGACAAUACA